AUGAACAAAGAUUACAAAUAAUUAGCUAUUUAGUAUCAUUUGGCUUUCAUGAAUCUUAAACAAAGAAUUGAUUUAUCUCAAAGGGCAUACAAUACUCUUGAUUAUAAGGUGUAAUUGGAAUUAUUAUAUCAAUAAAAACUAAAAUCAAUUAUAGACAAAUAUGAGGACCACAAAUACGAUGAAGUGUUUUAAUAUAUUAUUACAAACUGCUCAAAUAAGUACCAAGUCUAGGAAUCAUUGAUAACAGAUUUGAAACGAGCAAGAGAGGAAUUCUCAAAUCACAUAAAUACCUAUUAAUUAUAAUUGAACAAUCUACAUGACAAAAAAGAGAAAUCUAUUAAUAAAUUGAAGACUGCUUAAUAGAAGUUGGCAUAAAGCCAAUCCUUUUAUGUGUCUAUCACUAAGGUAUUCGAAAGAAAUGUGUUAACUAUAGAAUUGGUGAAUGACAACGUUGAUUAAAAGUUGGGACACAUGAAAACAAUUUAAGAUCUUAUGAAAAACAAGGAGAAUACAUUUGGAAAUUACAAAAUAGCUGUAGACAAAUACAAUUAAUAAUAUAAUGAAAUCUUGCCUGAAUUGGAAUUGUAUGUCAAUCAAAUUAAAGAACUUGAAUAAAAUGUGGCUGAAUGCGUAAGAUAAUUGUUUCAAAAAAUUGCAUUGGCUGAGGUUUCAGCUUUAAGAAACAGGCAAUAUGAUUUAGAUUAGGUCAUUAAAUAUUUGGAUAAAGUCGACUUUACAAAGAUUAAUACAGUCUUUAAAUUUACUGAAGAAUCUUUUUCACUUGCAAAAGUUGAAUAAAUUUAAACAUUCUCUACUAAAAUUGUGACCAGUUAUCUUCAUAAAUUUAAUUUGAUUGCCUAGGAGGAGAAAAAUUAACCUGAAUAAGAAUAAUAAUUACAAUAGUAGUAGGAGGAAACUCUAUCAGAAGAAUAAAAAUAGAAAAUAGAAGAAUUUUCAGUAGCGCUAUUAAAUAAAUAAGAGUUAUAGGAAAAAUUGAUCAGUUCUAUUGAAUAAAGCAUAAAUCAGAAUAAUGCUCAUUUAGUUUUGGACUCAUUAUCUCUACGUAUAAAAGCUCCAAUAUAGAUUGGAAAACGUAACCAUUUAUUAAUUUAAUCAUUAUUUAAUAAAUUAUUGGAAUGCAUUCCAAAAGAAGGUUUUAAUGUAUAAAAGAUUCAAAAGCUAUCUACUUUUAUUUACACAUAAUAAGAGGAAGCAGUUUCAAUAUUUUCGGUUUUGUGCUAGAAUCCUAUUUUUUCAAAAAAAACUGAUUAUUGGGAAUGGCUAAUAUUCUGGUAGGUAAACCAAACAUGUGAAGGAGUCGAGGAAUCUGAUAGAUCAUUGAUCAUAUUCCAAUAAUUCUAAAAUACUGUUUAAUAGAUGGUUUAAGCAAAAAUUCCUGUUGCAAUCAUAAACACCUUCACUUCAGAUUUAGCUCAAUUUUAUGGAUUAAAAGCCCAAUAAAUCGAAGAGCUUAAGAAAUUAUUAUCUAGAUUUAUUCUAGCAUCAUAAUCAAAUCCAAACUCGAAGCUGUAAAUUCAGUCUUUUGAUUCAGUAGAAUGA